GGCGACUUGCGGAAGAUGGCGGCGUCCACGGCCGUGUGAGGGCUCUGAGGAGGCGGAGAGAGGUUUCCGAACAGCCGGAGGGUGCAGCUUGGGGAUCCUUCCGCUGUUUCCUGCUCUCAGGUUUCGCACCAGCUGUGCCGCCAUGCCCUCCGGCGCGAUGUGGAGGAGCUGCCUCUGCCUGCGGCAUGGGUGGCGCCGCCUCCUGAACCGACCCCCCGGUGGUCCCACGGCCUCCGUGGGGAAGAGGGCAAGCAUCCCGAUCCCAUUCCGGGCCUACGCUCCCCCGGCGGAAAGGAAGAGAUUCUAUCAGAAUGUCACCAUCACACAGGGUGAAGGUGGCUUUGAGAUAAACCUGGACCACAGGAAGCUGAAAACUCCCCAAGCCAAGCUCUUUACUGUCCCCAGUGAGGCCCUGGCCAUCGCAGUGGCCACUGAGUGGGACUCCCAGCAGGACACCAUCAAGUUCUACACCAUGCAUCUGACCACAUUGUGCAACACAUCUUUAGACAAUCCAACGCAACGAAACAAGGACCAGCUGAUCCGGGCAGCUGUGAAGUUCCUGGACACAGACACCAUCUGCUACAGGGUGGAAGAACCAGAGACAUUAGUGGAACUUCAGAAGAACGAAUGGGACCCAAUCCUAGAAUGGGCUGAGAAGAGGUACGGCGUGGAGAUUGGCUCCUCCACCAGCAUCAUGGGGCCCAGCAUCCCCACCAGGACUCGGGAGGUGCUCGUCAGCCACCUGGCAUCUUACAACAUGUGGGCCCUACAAGGGAUUGAAUUUGUUGUGACCCAACUCAAGUCCGUGAUGCUGACCUUGGGCCUGAUGGACCUGCAUCUGACAGUGGAGCAGGCCGUGCUGCUGUCCCGCCUGGAGGAGGAGUACCAGAUCCAGAAGUGGGGCCACGUGGAAUGGGCCCAUGACUAUGAGUUGCGGGAGCUCCGGGCACGCACGGCUGCCGGCGUCCUCUUUAUCCACCUCUGCUCCGAGAGCACCACGGUCAAGCACAAGCUCCUGCAGGAGUGAGGCCGGCGGUGCGCGUGGCAUGCCGGGACAGGCUGAGCCCCGGCUCCCAAGCCAGCAGACAUGGCCUGGCCCCACACGGUGUCGACCUGAGGGCCUGAGACGCUGUGGUGGUCUGGUCAGCUUGAGGCCACCCCGGGCCCCUGCCUAUCCAGCAAGGGGAUCAGGUGUACGAGUGGCUUUCUCCACCCUGACUGCAUUACCUACUGCUCUCCCCGGGAGAGACGCUGAGCCCUGUUUUCGUUGGCGCCUCCACAUACCCUCCUCUCCUUGUUACACUGGGUCUCACCUAGACCCCCAGCAGUUUGGUGCCUGCCGCCUCUUGUCAGGCCGUCAGCAAAUAGCUCCAUGAACUGUGUCUCUGUGGGGCCCUCGACCCUCAGCCCAAAAGCUUUCCCCCAGGCGUUUAGUCAAACGAUCUUUGGAAAGUGUGUCCUUUUUGGUCUAAGCUGAUUGUUUCUACUAUUUCAGGAAAAAAGUAAUAAUUUACUCUUGAAAGUA